AUGACGACAGAGAUAAAAUCCCCGUAUGUGAACCGAGGCGAUGAGUAUCAUCAUUUAUCACAUGCUAAGAAAAGUUUACGCAUAAUUAAUGAGCUGAGAAAUGAAAACUGGAACACUGACGUCACUCUCAGUGCCGGCGACGAGUACUUUCGGUGUCAUGGCGUCGUUCUCGCCGCAGCAAGUCUAUAUCUUUAUGAUCUGAUUGAACAAGAUCGAGAGGAUGUGACGUCUGCAAGAGAAGUUGUGAUCACAGAUCUGGAUAUGCUGGGAACAAUAGUGGACUACAUUUACACCGGACAUGUUUGUAUUGGUGCCCAAUAUGUAAAAGCGCUUAGGAAAACCUCAAAGUUGUUAAAGCUUAAAACUCUCGAAACAGUUUGUGAGGCCUUCCGAGAUACUAUCAAAUACGGACGUGAGUUCAAGUUUGACGACGAAGCUCAUGCACAAUUCUUGCAUCUUCAUUUGAAUAUCUUACGGGAGGAAAGUUGUCUGACUGACGUCACCUUUCGUGUUGGCGAUCACGUGAUUCAAUGCCACAAGACUGUAUUAUCGGCAUCAAGUAGUUACUUUAAAGCCAUGUUCACGCAUGAAAUGCUCGAGAACGAGUUAGAUCACAUCACGAUCAAAGAAACCGAUCCUUACAUAUUCGACUCGCUGGUUCGUUUCUCGUACACCGGCAAGGUCACAAUUACGAAUGAAAACGUGCAGAACCUGGUGUUAGCUGCUGACCGGUUGAAUUUCACAGAGGUCGUUGACCUGUGCGUUCAUUAUAUGCAACAGAAUCUUCAUUCGUCGAAUUGUCUUGGAGUUUGGGAGUUUGCCCAGGUCAUUUCACAUGAUACACUAAGUCAAACCGCCUGGCAGUUUGCGGUGAAAAACUUCUCAGCAGUGAGCGAACAUGAGGAGUUUCUUUGUCUGGCGUCCGAUAAACUGGAGACACUGAUGAGUGCGCCAUUGUUUGUGCUCCGCGAAGAAGAUGUUUACGAAUCUUUAAUGAGAUGGUAUCACGAAAGCGAGGCUGAUCGGCGUGCGCAUCUACCUCGUCUCCUCCAGCAUAUCCGCUAUCCGUUCAUGGCGCCCGAAUACUUACAACAAAUAGAGAGAGAAUUAAAAGAUAUUGUCGACACGCAAAUGUACAUGGAGGAGGCAGAUGACUAUCGUCACAUGAAAUAUAAAGAACGAUUAAAGCAUCAUUUCAACUUGCGCAUGACGUCACGCGUAUACAUCCACGUCAUCAUCGUCGUUACAUCAUCAGGGCCAAUUUUGGUGUUUGAUCCCGAGGAUAACCGAUGGUUUGACCUGACUAUUUUCCCGUUGGUUAGCCGAGAGCAAAUAAUCACGGCAUCCAUUCUCGGAAAUGACGUAUUGUGUACAACGAAUGCUGGGCAUUCCUGGGUUUAUAGUAUUCCGGGCAACGAGUGGACGAGGAGGGCACCACCAUUACAUAUGCAUGAAAGAAACGUCGGGCACAAAUCAGCCAGUAUUGCAGGGCGUGUAUUUAUUCCCGGCGUUGCUAGGAGAUGCCAAACUAUGGAAGUAUACAAUCCUGGAAACGAUAAGUGGUCUGAAGCACCCUCUAUGCCGAAAGCUGUGUGCUACCAUGCUCUGACGUCAUGUAACGGCAAUCUGUUUGUGAUCGGAGGAAUGGGAAAUGGGGGCGCUAUAACAAAAGCAGUUCAAAUGUAUGACGUGGAUGAAAAUGUCUGGUCAUUGCGCGCGGAGAUUCCGGUGAAGUGCGCGCACGCGGCCGCAGCGGCCACGGAGAGUAAAAUCUAUGUAUUUGGCAAUCAAGACGAGUGUAUGGACUCUGUCUUCCAGUAUGACGUCAUAGCAAAUGUUUGGAGCGACGUGGCCACGUUAAACGCGGGUCGACAACGGUGCACUGGUGUCACGUGCAAUGGAAAAGUGUACGCUAUUGGCGGACUCCGUGAACCACUAUGGAAGGGCGUCGUCGACGUCGUUGAAGUGUAUGACACUGGUCUUAAUAAGUGGUCGGUGGUGAGUCACUUACCGUACCACGUAUUCGUACAAGCAUCGAUAGCAGUUCCUAAGUACGCAAUACCACGGUUUUCCUAG